AUGCCCCCUCGAAUUGGGGCUUUGAUCAAGACGGAGAAAUGUAUCCGCCGGCUCAUGAAAGACAAGUUUGCAAGAGGAUUGGAGAUUCCAAAGACAGAUGAAGAAGGGACCAAGGCACGCCUUCUUUGCAACCCUCCAACACUGCUUCCCAUUCCAAGGACUCUCUUUCAAUGGAAACCGGCCGACCUUUCACCGGGCGGAAAAUGGUACCUCAAACGGGUGGCAAAUCUGGAGGUAGCGGCAUCUCACUAUCCUACACCAGAGGCAGUCAUUGUGGAUGGUUUGAACCGACUGAGAAUCCAUAGAGCCAACUACACCGCAGACGGACCAGUGCCCAAAUGGCUACAGCUUCUGUGGUGGGAGUUCCCGCAAGAGCACUGGGAGGAGUUACGAAUGGGAGCUUGUCAAAACUUCGUGAAGGACCCCAGCCCUUGUAUUCAACCCAACGCUCCGAUGGAUGCCACUAUGGAAGAAGCGGCAUCUGCCUUUGUGGACGAGUUCAUGUCCUUAGGCGUGGUCCGAGACAUUGAUGAAGGUCGCCAGAUUCUGACUAAUGCACCAUUGUUUGUGGUCCCCAAGGAAGGACAGGAAGGACAAUGGCGGGUCAUCGCGGACAUGCUUCGUGGAGGCCAGAACGACUGCGUAGCUCAAGACCCGGUAUACAUGCCUCAAAUCUCGCACAUUAUCGAUGAGAUGUACACUGGAGGGUAUUCAGCGGUGGUGGACCUAUCAAAGUUCUUUUACAACUUUCCUACUCACGCUGAGGACCGUCCCUAUUUGGGACUACUUCACCCCAGAACGAAGGAACUGGUCGCCUACUACGGUUUGGCAAUGGGAGCGGGAAACAGCCCAGCUCUUGCCUGUAAAUUUGGAGCGGCCUUUGUACGGCUGCUUAAGGAACGAUUCGAUGUCUUGCAAGGAACGGGACGCGCGAACUGUUAUUGGACCGGCUUCUCGGAGAUUGGAUUUGACCUGAAGCUUGGGUACGGCUUUAUAUUAACUGACGACACGGGAGGAUCCGUACUCAUUUGGGCCUGGGUCAAUGACUUUCUGAUCCACGGGCCCACCUACAAAAAAACAGCCCAAGCAUUGGGGUUCUUCCUGGACACUGCGGUGGACUGCGGAGAACAAGAGAGAGCGGGCCCGGGGAUCUGCGAAUACCUUACCGGCGCUCCACAUCACAAAGCAUGGUCACGACUGAGCCUAGCAGUGGCUGCAGGUAUCCUGGAAUCUCUAACCGAAGCGACCCCCAGGAGACUAGGCCAUACUCAUCUGCGCCACUUCCAUUCUUUGGUUCACCCACCUGAUUUGGGAACAGGAGCACCCCCCUACUACACUACCACUCGAUUGAGCACACACGUGCUUCAUGAAUUGACAUGGUGGGUUUCAUUCUUGAAAACUGGACGGGGACGAUUUAUCCGCGCCUCCCAGGCAGCUACUUUGGUUCCAACCUUCGGCGACGGUAGCGGCACGGGGACCGGUGGCACUAUCCAUCUGCCGGGAUGCCCGUUUGAGAUGUGGCGGGGGAAAUGGGUCCCUCUAGCAUACGAGUUCCCAUCCGUAUGGAAAGUUUUAGCCACUCUCAAGGAAACUUUACUCCAAAUCAAAGAGAGCCCGAAGGCCGAGUCGGUUCGCCACACUACUGUGUUGUAUUUUACGGACAACUCUGGAGUCUAUUGGAUCGCAACUACGGGUUCCUCACGGAGCCCUGGUCUCCACAAACUAAUCGGUGAGAUUCGUCUUCUUGAGCUUGAAUUGGACUGCAUGCUCCAAGUGGUCCACGUUCCGGGACUUGUUCUCAUUUCCCAGGGCACUGAUGGGUUGAGCCGGGGUGUCUGGAUGACACCCUUUCAUCCCAACAUGUCAAGCUCCGAGCUCAACAAAGCCAUCUUCGAACCCCUCCAAUUUGACCGGACUCUGUUGUGGGAAGUCUUCUCAGAGCUUACGCACCCAACCUGUCCGUGGUCCUAUGUUGAUUGGAAUCAGCGAUGGACUGCUUCCCUUUGCAUGGGGAAGACUACUGUGUGGUUUCCGACCCCUGAAAUCGCACAACAACUCUUGUCAUUUCUGUUGAACACCUGGAUUGAGCAGUCCUCCACGUCCACCAUCCUUUUUGUUCCUCGGCUCCUGGAGUCCAACUGGAGGAACCUUUCAAGAAAUAUCCAAGAGAAGACAGUUCUCUACCCACACAAGAGAACCUGUUAG